UGGGAUUCAAAGGAAGGCGCCAACAUCUGUGUUUAAGUAUCUGGCCUAAACAGAUGGAAACAAACUAUGUGCUACUGGAAGAAUAAAGACAUAUUCUUUGCUGUAACACAAAAGACAUUGCACAGACAUGAUGUUAAUGCCAUAAUGGACUCUUCUAAAUAACUCAAUGCAUGACGGCAGAGAAAAUAAAGACAGUUUGGACUGCGCUAUUUGUGGCACGGGCCUUGGGAUUGGAGGCUUGGAGCCAUUUGGCUUGACUUUCUUUGAAGAUGGUUUUGUGGAGGGUUAAACCCGUACUCCUCCCUCUCUCUGAUGCCUGUCGCUCUUUCAUUCUGCCCAGGGAAGGCUGUACGUCACUGGGUGCAGAUAUAAAAUUGGCAGUAUCUUGCCAUCUGCGCACUGGACUGUAAUUCACAUCAGUUCUGAGAGCAUUUUUAGCUGUUGCCUUGUAACGUGUUGGUGGCGACUGACUUUUUAAACCUCUGGAUAUCCAGGACUCACAUUGUUGGAUUUUCUACCUGCUGCGUGGCUUCUAGUUGGCAUACCAUGAGGACAUGGAGGUUUUGUUCACUGGUCGUUUGUGUUUUGUUGCCUUUCAUCAGUGGAUUCCAGCAAGAGGACACUCAAGCUGGUUGUAGCACAACUCCCAAUGACCUUGCGUUCAUCAUCGAUGGCUCCUCAAGCUUGGGGCUCCCCAACUUUGAAACAGCCAAGCGCUGGCUCAUCAACAUCACCAGUGGCUUUGACGUGAGCUCCAGGCACACUCAGGUGGCGGUUGUCCAGUACAGUGACACCCCUCGCCUGGAGAUUCCUCUGGGAAAGCAACAGAACGGCCAGGAACUCGUCAAGGCCAUCACCUCCAUCUCGUACCUGGGAGGCAACACGAGGACUGGCCGCGCCAUCAAGUUUGCCACGGACCACGUCUUCGGGAUGCCCAACCGCACCACCAAGUCUCCCAGAAACCGCAUCGCCGUGGUUCUCACCGAUGGACGUUCACAGGAUGACGUUGAGGAUGCUGCAAUAGAAGCCAGGGCACAGAAUAUUGUUCUGUUUGCAGUCGGUGUGGGAAAUGAGAUCACUAACUCUGAGUUGGUGUCCGUGGCCAACAAGCCAGCCUCUACUUACGUGCUACACGUGGAGGACUACAAAUCUAUUGCAAGCAUAUGGGACCUGAUGGAGCAGAAACUAUGCGAGGAAUCGGUGUGUCCGACGCGAAUCCCUGGGACAGUGAACGAUCAGAAAGGCUUUGAUUUAAUGAGCCUGAUGAAGAUCGAGCAGGGGGCUCAGAAAGUUCAGGGCUCUUUGAUAUCAGAGAGAGCGUCACAGCUCAGCCCUCGCAUGGACAUCACUCAUGACACCAGAGAGAUCUUUCCAGAAGGCCUUCCACCAGCUUUUGUGUUUGUGGCAACUCUACGCUUGAAAAACCCAGCUCACUGGAUGAAGUUUGACCUCUUGAGGGUGUUAUCUCAGGACGGAGUUAAGCAGAUCGCUGUGACUGUGAACGGACCAGACAAAUCUGUCACUUUCUCCUGCACAAGCACUCUGAAGAAAGAGCAGACAGUCAUUUUUAAUGACAGAGGGAUCAAGAGGCUCUUUGACACGGAUUGGCACCAGCUGAAGUUCUUGGUGAAACCCAAACGCAUCACUUGUUUCGUAGAUGGCGCGUACGUGGAGGAGCAGCUCCUAGAUCCAGUUGUUCCUAUCUACAUUAACGGAAAGACUCAGGUGGCCAAGAAAGUCAGUAUCGAGACUACAGUCCCUAUUGUGCUGCAGAAGUUACGGCUCUACUGUGACCCCCAGCAAAGUGAGCGAGAGACAGCAUGUGAAAUUUACUCUGUGGUAAUCGUUUGUGUUUUGUAUCUCCAGUGUCCUUCGGAUCGCUCUCUUGCUCUUGAAGGUUGCGAUUGUCCCAGUGGUAAACCUGGUCUGCCUGGUCUACCCGGGCCUAUGGGCUUCAGAGGGGAGAAAGGCAGAGAAGGACCUCCUGGCCCUGAUGGUAAACCUGAGAGAAGGGAGCAGCUGGAGAGCUUGGUCGAGAUGGACAGAAUGGUGAAGCAGGUGAACCAGGACAAAAGGGGGAGCGAGGACUCGAAGGACCCAAAGUAUAAAUGGGAUCACCAGGUCCACCGGGGCCUUCAGGACCGACAGGAAUCCCAGGAGAGACAGGGGAAAUGGGACCACCUGGAAUACCCGGACCAAAUGGUGAACCUGGGCCGCCUGGUCUACCUGGACUUGCUGGUCCCAAGGGAGAGAAAGGAGAAGAUUGCAUUGCCGGAUCAGAUGGACAACCAGGAAUCCCUGGGAUACGGGGGAUUCCUGGAGAGAUUGGCCCUGCUGGACCUCAAGGUGAGCGAGGCAUGUCAGGACCAGCAGGCUUUACUGGACCAACGGGACAUCAGGGACCCCCAGGCCCAGCUGGCCCACCUGGCAUAGACGGUCCUCCUGGUCCUAAGGGGAAUUCUGGCUCCCGCGGACAGGAUGGGCUCCCUGGUGCACCUGGUACAAAAGGUUCAGACGGAGAGUACGGCAUUCAAGGUCCCCCUGGCAUUAGAGGUCUACCAGGGUUCAAAGGUCAUAAGGGUGACUCAGGAUCAUCUGGACCGAGGGGAAGGCGAGAGAGGAAACCAGGGAGAACCUGGAGGUGAACCGGGUCUGAAAGGGAACAAAGGAGAGCCAGGUGUAGCCGGGGAUCCUGGGAGCAGAGGGGCUGAUGGGAAAAAGGGAGAUGUGGGUCCAUCGGGUCCACAUGGAUCUCAAGGCUUUCCAGGUCUAGAUGGGUUACCAGGACAACCAGGAGUUCCAGGUUACCCAGGGAAACCGGGCAAGCCACCUUCAGAAGAUCAGCUAAUGAAGAUUUGUGCUUCUGUGCUACAAAGCCAGCUGCCACAGCUCCUGCAGGUCAUGGGCCAAACAAGUUGCCAGCACUGUGAAACCAAACAAGGACCACAAGGCGAUCCAGGUCCUCCAGGCCCAACAGGCCCCUCUGGACCCCCAGGGUAUCCCGGCAUGGCAGGGUCUCCAGGCUACCCAGGACCUCAAGGGAGGAGGGGACCUGAAGGGGUGAAAGGUGAUAUUGGCCCAAUGGGAAUGAAAGGUGCUAAAGGACAAGGGGAAAUCGGGUUGCCAGGUCCUCCUGGCCCAGCAGGUUUGCAGGGCCCGCGUGGGGAUGCUGGUGAGGGAUAUCCCGGGCCUUCUGGUCCAGCAGGGAAACCUGGCACUCCGGGCACCCCAGGCAAACGUGGGCCCCCAGGAUCCAUGGGGAUUUGUGACCUGUCCUCUUGUUAUCAAGCCUAUGGCUUUCGGGACGAUCCAUUUAGAAAAGGACCUAACUUUUAG